AAGUAUCGCAACGCUACUUCAAGAAGUUGUUCUUGCCUCUUUCACAUUUGCAAAAGAUCUGUGUGUGUGUUAAUCAUGGCUUCCAUGAUCAUACAAUCGUUGAUAGGAUGGAUUCCCAUAUAUGUAAUAGAUCCUAUCAGAGUUAGGUUUCGGAUCUCACGGAACCUUAGGGAGAACAUUGAAGAAUUAGAAAACACAGCAGCGAAGCUAGAUGCGAGGAGUCGAGACGAACGAGCACGACUAGAAGAAGCAAAGAGGCGUGAGGGGGUUUUUGCAUCAGCAGAGGCAAAUCGUUGGUUCACUCAAGUUCAUAAAGCUGUAUCCGACGCCAGCAACCUAAAAACUGAGUACGAGCAAAGAAGUAGAGGACGAUGUCUAAACUGCUUACGCUGUUCAGGUUAUAAGCUCAGCAAAAGAGCGUCGAAGCUCAAGCAAAACAUCGACAAAUUGUAUGAAGAGGAACUAAAAUCUCGUUGGAGUACUGUGGCUAUGCCUCUGGCUUCUACCUCUACCUCGCAGAUAGGGAAAGGUACCUCUACCUCGCAGAUAGGGAAAGGGAAGAAGAUGGACACCGUUUCCAUCGAUGGCCAAACAGCAACAGAGAAAUUGAAGCGUGAGAUCAUCGAUGCGGUGCUGGACGAUAGGUAUGUUGUGGUUGGGUUGUACGGUAUGGGAGGUAUAGGCAAAACAACAAUCCUAAGACAUGUCUAUGAGCAUUUUCGAUUCAUCGAUUACUUUGAAUUUGUCAUCUUCGUUACAGUGUCAGCCACACCAGAUUUUGUUGAAAUACGAAAACAGAUUGCGAAUAGCUUGGGCUUCGAAAAAUGGGAAGAUGAUAAUGAUUUGAAAAAAUUUUUGCCUACCCUUCUUGAAAGAAAGAAAUAUAUGUUCAUUGUAGACGAUCUGUGGCAGCCUAUUACUGAUCUUAGUGAACUCUGCAUUUGUGCACCAACGAAGGAGAACGGCUGCAAAAUAUUAAUGGCGUCUCGGUUAUUACCGGUGGUUACAAGGUUUGUUAUCCGCUUUGCUAGGAGAGAUUCUCUUCACACGAUUCGAGUGAACAGCCUACCACCAGAUGAAGCUUGGAAUCUUUUUGUACAAAAAGUUGGUGUGGCUAUUACUUCUAAACCAGCAAUAGAACCCAUUGCCAAGGAGGUUCUUAGAAAGUGUGGUGGAUUGCCACUUGCUAUCAUUGUUGUUGGUGGUACAAUGUCAACACGAGAAACAGAGGGAGAAUGGAAAGAUGCUGUACGUGAAUUGGAGCAUCAAGCUUCAAGUCUUGAAGGAAUAGAAGAAGAGGUAUUUCCAAUACUCAUGUUUAGUUUUGAAAAAUUGGAACCUAUCGAACAAUCUCUCUUCUUGUAUUGCUGUCUAUUUCCCGAGGAUUUCAUCUUUGACAAAUCAUUAUUAUAUGAGUUUGCCAUUGGUGAAGAAACUAUGUGUGAUGAAAUGCAUAAGCUUGGAGAUUUGAGAAAUAAAGUUGAUGUUCUGAUUGGAAAGCUUCGGAAUUCAUCUAUGCUUGAGGAUGCUGGCGAAGGAGAUGUUAAAUUGCACGAUGUGUUGCGUGAAUUGGGUUUGUGGAUCACAUCUCCUACUUCUAGUUCUACAACAAAUAAGUAUGGGUACUACUACAAAUUCAUUGCGAAGGCAGGUGCUAGAAUAACUGAGGCACCCAAUCCCUCAGAAUGGAACAAAGCUACUAAGAUUUCAUUGAUUAUGAAUAAUGGGAUAGAAUCUGUACUCAAAUUGCCUGAUCAAUGUCCUCUACUGCAUACAUUACUCCUCCGAAAAUGUACUAAUAUUAAGAUCCCCCAAGUUCACUUCUUGGAGCAGAUGCCUGCACUUCGGAUACUUGAUUUGCGCGACACUGGGAUAACAAAUUUGCCAUCUUCAAUAUCUCAUCUUGUGAAUCUUCGUUUGUUGUGCUUGAAUCGUUGUGCCAAUCUACAAAAAUUGCCACCUGAAAUCGGAAUGCUGAUUCAGCUCAUAUGGUUAGAUUUGAGUUGUUGCCAGGGGCUAAGAAAACUACCAGCGGAGAUGAAAAAGUUGAAAAACUUAAGGCAUCUGGACAUCUCAUUGACUUCCCAGCUUGAGAGGAUGCCACAUGGGGUAUUUUCUGGAUUGCAUAAGCUAGAAGAGUUGGAUGCUGAGCAAAGCUUGUUAAUGUUGUACACUGAUAGUGUAAUGGAAUUGUCUAAAUUGACUCCUCGCUUGACCUCUAUUAGGAUUCCAAGGGCCAAAAUAAGAAAUAUCACGAUCUCCCAUUGGUUGAAGCCAUUAUUAUUAGUUAAAGGCAUGGCUAGAUCUUUACACCUGCAGAAUUGUGUUAUUGAUCCUUCAGCCUUGCCGGACCUUCUUUUGGAAGACUUUCCUGACUUUACAAAGUUCACAUUCUGUCAGGGUUUGAUGCAGGUUCCAAGUUAUGGCUGUAGAGAACUAAUUGUUCAAUGUUGUCCAGAUCUCAAGGCAGUACUGAUCGUAAAGGAAUCCAAAAGAGAUGCUUUUGAAAGGUUAAAUAAGUUAGAACUUGAUCGAUUAGAUCAAUUGGAGACAAUAUGCAAUGGGGUUCCACUGCAGCUUAGAUGCUUUACUAAUCUAAGAUAUAUAGAAAUAAGGGGAUGCCCCAAUCUCAAGGUGCUUUUCACUAAUGGUGUAAUUCAGUUACUGAAAAAGUUGAAGUCUUUACUUGUAUAUCGAUGUCCUCAAUUGAUGAACAUUAUGGUAUCAAAUUAUGAGGACUUGGAAAUUGUCGAUGGAAUGAUCAAUGCAUUUCCAAGUUUGGAAGAAAUGUUAUUAUUUGAGCUACCAGAAUUGACAGCCAUAUGCCAGCUUAAUUUGAAGUGGUCGCGUCAAUUUAGAAGGAAAAUUCAUCUUUGUCCUAAGUUGAGGAGGACCCGACAUCUAGAAUGGGAAGAUGAUAAACACUCUUAUGAAAAUAUGUGGGAAAGAGAAAGAGAAAGAGAAAGAGUAAAAAGAGAAGAGGAAGAAAAGAAUGAGAAAGAAGAAGAAGAUGAAGGGGAGGAGGAGGACGGGGGUGAAAUUCAACUUGGGGGCUAGGACAUAUUAUGACUCCUGAUAUCCUCCAACGAUAUUUUGGUAAAGAUAUGGUGUCAUAGAGAUUAUGGAAAAGAAUAUUAGGUAUGCAUGUGAAGAUAGGUAUUCACAUGCAUACCUAAUAUAGCUCUUUGAGACAUGAAGUAAUAACAAGGUCUGGUUUGGGUAGGAGUGGUGGCAUCAGAUCAGGUCUUCUCAUUCACCAUAUCAGCAGAGUUCUGAGAUAGCUCUACCCAACCAAACCUUUCCAGGAAGAUGGAAUGAAGGUGUGCUUCUACAGGAAAGAGGCCUAGACUUUGUUCCAGAAACUGGGUGUCUCCCCAUUGUUGUGCUUGGUGCCUCGGGUGACCUUGCCAAGAAGAUGACAUUAUUCCUGGCACUUCCAAUCUUUUCUGGCAGGUAAAAAAAGGAUGCUUCAUGGUAGUGAUCAUAGCCUCCAUGCCAAAGUCUCCAUACGACAAGCAGCUCUUCCUCGGGACCAAUGAACGACAGUAUUAUUACUUUGAUGAUAUAUUGCUUUGCUUCUUAAAGGAAAUUUAGAAUCAAGAUGUGAUCUUUGUGAACCAAUUUCCCGACCCCAUCAAUGAAUCAAAAUGUAUGGAUUAUAAUUGGGUUGCCUCUAUUUCUGUUGUCUAUAAGUGGUGACCUCAGGAUAGACUCUGGAGUGACAUCCCCACAAAAAUUGAGUAAAGCUUUACAGCCCUUUGUUUGUGCCAAAAGUUCCUGACUUGAGAAAUGGAAUUCUAUUUCAAAAGUGGGAACACGUCUUUGGUUUCUUGAGAUUGAGAUUGAUUGCAAUGAAGGAUUAUAAUAAGUUAGCAGUCCCC